AUGCAGAUCACAUAUAGAUUGCAAAUUAUAAAAAUAAAUAUCCAAAAACUUUAAUAGUAUCAUAAAAUAUUGAUAAUAUUCUUAAGUCUAUUCUACCUUAACAAUAAAUCAAGCCUGAAUAAUGAAUCUAUCAAUGAAAUUCAUAGUAAGAUCAAAUAAAUGAGAUACUUUAAAGAAUGCACUCUCAAAUAAAAUGAGUUAGCCACUUUUUCUAAUAUACUAGAAAUCACUAAGAAUUUAAAAACAAAAUUUCCAGUAUGUGGAGCAGAUGCAAGACCUCAUACAUUAUUUGUUUAUAAUCCUCUACUAAUGAAAAUUGUCAAAUUGUAGAAUUGA